AUGGAGGACGAGGCCGACACGGCCGCAGAAGAGAAGGAGUUCGCCGAGUGGGCGGGGUCUGCCGGGGAAACCAGCGGCGCCAGCGUCGGGGCUCCCCUUGUCGAAGACGUGGUCGAGGAGUCGGCCGAAGAGGAGACCGAGGCGGAUGACCCCCCGGCCCCAGGGAGAAAACAUGUCCUGCGGUGGGCUAGCACCGGCGAGCCGGUCCGGUCCAGCAGGACCACGCAGCGGCAACAGGCCCAGACGCAGCCCGGGCCGAGACGAGGGUCGCGGCCGCAAAGAAGCGACACGCAGACGCUGGCCCAGAGGGCGCGAAGAGAGCCAAGGCCUCAACGGGCGACAAGCCCCCCGGCGGGCACUCCGCACACGCCGUUGUUGGUGGAGAGCAGCCCGGACAACAGCCCCCGACGCAGCCCCCGCUUCAGCCCCAAGCGUGAGUUCAUUACUCGCCAUUCUCUGACGGGCAUUGGGGCACGAAUCCUUGACGCUGAUCUUGCCGGGCUUGCAGGGGGAGAGGGGCAACAGGAGGAGCCACUGAAGGCCACCUCUGACACGCUGCCCCCAUCGACCACGCCACCUAGAGGGGUGUCCCAGGCAAGGGCACCCUCCGCCGAGCCCAAGCGCACGGAGGAAGAGGAGGCGAUCUCGGACCCUCCCUCGACGGACCAGGAGGACAUCGACAUCGUCAUCCAAGAGGUCGCCAGGGAUGCCGAUGUCGAGGCCGCCAAGAUCGCGGCUGGGGAAACUGCCAAGUCUGCCGCCGAGGAGGCCGCAAAGGGGCUUGCUGGGGAGACCGGCGAGGCCGCUGCCGGGGAGGCCGGGACGGCGAGCGCUAGAGCGCCAGCCGAAGGGGAGGUGUUUGACGAUGAGGCGCUCGCCACCGCCGGGCUCCAGGUUAUUGAUGAACCGAGCGCCAGUGGCGGCGGUUCCCAAGAGGAGCAGUUCCUCUGGGCCAUGAGCGCCAAUUUCCAGAAGCUCCAGGCGCUCCACCGUGCCCGCCGAGACAAGGUGAACUCCAGGAUGGCAGCGGUGGACAAGGCGGAGGCAGAUUUUGAGGAGCGCAUCGCUCAGACGCAGGUCUGGUUUGGUGAGGCUCGGGAAGAACUGAGGGCCGCCCAAGGUGAGCUGGAUGAGCGCAAGCGAGACCUCAUCCUGAAGCAGGAGGAAGACCUUGUUGCCCGGGAGCAGGUGCUUGCCGCCAUGCUCCGCGGCAAGGAAGAGGAAAUCGGGAAGAUCGUCGCGCAGCGGACCCAGGAGCUGGAGCAGAGGCACAAGGACACACUCGAUGCUCUAGCCCUGGACAAUGCUGGGAAGGUGGUGAAGCUGGAGCUGGAGCGGGAGGAGCUGAAAAAGGAAGUCUCAGAGCUGACAGAGGAGAGGGACACGGCCAACCACACUCUGGCAGAUUCGCAGGUCACCGUCUCCGAUCAGAUCAAGAUGCUCUCCGAGGCCAACAGCUCCAUUGAUGAUCUAAAGCUGCAGUUGGGCGCCCUGGAGGGGAUGCUCUCAGAGCUCCGCUCCAAUCGAGCAGAUGAUCUGGCCAACGAGUCCCGGAGGCUCUGCCGGGGCGCCCUGACCAAGGUGCUCACCAAGGUGGCGUUCUGGAACCCCAGCCUCGACUUCGCCAACGCGCUUGAGAGCUUGCCGGAGGACACGGACCUCGCAGCUCUCGAAGAGCGUAUCGAGCCCAUCAUCAGUUGCGUCGAUGGAGUCGAGAGGGUGGAGGGCCAGCGCCGGGACUAG